AUGAGGAACCCGCCGGUGAUGCUGCUCCUGCUCCUGGUGCUGGGGCCGGCGGCGUGGGCUGCCCCCAGGGCGGGCACCGACAGGCCUGAGCCUCCCGUGGCCACAGCCGUGGAUCCCCAGCCCGACCCGCUGAGCCUGGAGCCGCCGGCCCUGCUGCUGCUCUGGAGCGCCGUGCAGAGCCUGGGGCCCCCGCAGCAGGACGUGCAGGCCAUGACACGGGAGCAGGCCCUGCUCUACCUCUUUGUGCUCCACGACCACGACCAGAGCAGGCGCCUGGACGGGCUGGAGCUGCUGCAGCUGCUUGGCACGGUGCUGGCACAGGCUGGGGGGCAGCCAGACCCCGACACGGUGGCUGCGCUGGUGGACAAAGCCCUGGCAAGGCAGGACCUGAAUGGGGAUGGGCUGCUGGACCCCUCCGAGCUGCUGGACCCCCCCGAGGCGCCCUUGUCUGGCCAGGACAGGGGUCCCCCAGGCCAGCCCCCACUGGAGCAGCAGGCAGGGCUUGGGGCUGUGCCUGGGGAGGGCACUGAGGUGCCAAGGCAGGACCUGGGGUUGAAAAGCCCAGGACAGGCAGCCCCUGAGGCUGGAGAGCCCCAGACUGGAGUGUCGGAGGAUGGAGAGCCCCAGACUGGAGUGUCUGAGGAUGGAGCCCCUCAGACUGGAGCCCCUGAGGCUGGAGAGCCCCAGGAUGGAGCCCCUGAGGCUGGAGCCCCCAAGCUGGAAUCCCUCGAGGUGGAAUCUCCCAAUGCUGAGGCCGUGGAGGCAGAAGUCGUCCCUGGGGCCCAAGCCCCCAGUAGUGAUGCCCCAGAGGAAGAGGAAGCCCCUGAGGCUGAAGGCCCUGAGGACGAGCAGGCAGCCCCAGCCUGGAGGGACCAUGGCGAGGGGUAG